GCACGGGACUGCCAGAGGCUCGCGAUGUUCGCAGUGCGCAUGUCAGAAACGGAGUGCGGCGAGGCGCGACGAGUUCCUGUCAGCUUUACUUAUAAUUAAAACUUUUUUAAACAGAACUGCGCUAUAAUUUUGAGCGCUCUGCGGAGAACCGGCUCCCGAUCUGAGUCGGAGGACUUUUCCCUGUCAAAAUGAGUUUCCUUUUUGGAAGCCGCUCAUCUAAGACCUUCAAACCAAAAAAGAACCUUCCGGAAGGCUCUCACCAGUACGAGCUGCUGAAGCAUGCUGAGGCCACACUGGGCAGUGGAAACCUGCGGCAAGCUGUUAUGCUGCCUGAAGGCGAGGACCUCAACGAGUGGAUUGCUGUCAACACUGUGGACUUCUUCAACCAGAUCAACAUGCUUUACGGUACCAUCACUGAGUUCUGCACCGAGAGCAACUGCGCUGUGAUGUCUGCAGGGCCCAGGUACGAGUACCACUGGGCUGACGGCACCAACAUCAAGAAGCCCAUCAAAUGCUCUGCCCCCAAGUACAUCGACUACCUGAUGACAUGGGUUCAGGACCAGCUAGACGAUGAGACGCUCUUCCCUUCAAAGAUCGGUGAGCUUUACCAGCGGCUAAAACCCCUCAAGAUUCCUUUAUCGCAUUUAUUACUCAUUUUACAUAUCCGGCUGGCAUCCCACUCAACAGGAGUCCCUUUCCCAAAGAACUUCAUGUCUGUGGCUAAGACGAUCCUGAAGCGCCUCUUCCGGGUGUAUGCCCACAUCUACCAUCAGCACUUUGACUCCGUCAUCCAGCUGCAGGAGGAGGCGCAUCUUAACACCUCUUUCAAGCACUUCAUCUUCUUUGUGCAGGAGUUCAACCUCAUCGACCGGCGUGAACUCGCCCCCCUGCAGGACCUCAUAGAGAAGCUGGGCUCCAAGGACCGAUAGACUCACAGCGCCUUGAACCUGAUCGCAGGCCUCGCUUGCUGCCCCCUCCGCAGUUUGCCCCAUGUCCCAUGUUGGUGUACUGUGUUUGCUUUUCUCACAUUUGCAGCUGUCGUUAUGUCCCCCGUUCUGCGGAGUGCAGCAAUGGGAAGUGAGGAAGCGGGGUGCUCUUGCUCGGCUUUCCACCGAUUCCCAGUGAGGAAACCAUAUUGAAGAAAAAUUGCUUGCGGUGUCACGCUGCGUCUGUAGUGCGGCUCCUCCUGCUCGUUGUCGUUUCCUUGCACGCCGUUUGUGUCCUGACUGCGUCACACUCUGCCUUACGGUUCACCUCUGGUCAAAGUGAAUAUGGGACCACAGUGGGAUUGUUACACAACUGGAGCCCUUGCGCUGUAUUUUGCUGUUUUGUAUCUGCUAUUUCCAUGUAUCUUAUGCUGUCCCUUUUCUAAGAUUUUUAAAUUCCACUUUUCAGAAUGUUUCAGGGAAAAUGUUUUUCAAAGUGAGUAUGAUGUAAAUAAUUCCAUGUUCUCAUUGCUAAUUUUUGUUUUUACCCAAAGCAAUUUACAGUAUUUGACUCAUUUGCAGAGCAGGGUAUUUUUACUGGUGUAAAUUCAGGGUAAGUACCUUGGUAAAAGGUGCUAAAAAGAAUGUUUAAUCUGUACGUUGUAUUCCAGUGUGCUGGUUGUGAUGGUGGCCUGUGCAGCUCAGCAGUAAUGUAAAAUGUAUAAAUGUUAACGUUUUUCAGUGGAUUUGCAGAACUCAACUGUGCUGAUUGCUGCAACAUUAUUCCUGCUCCAGCAGUGCAGCGCUUACCGCGAUGUUAGUGGAUGAAGUCGGCCUUAAGAGUUCACGUGCCAUGCAUCACUCAGCACUCGUUUCUGGUUAUUAUGCAUGUUAUCAAUGCAGUCUAAGUCAACCUACUGAAUUCCACAUGCAAUAGAUGCUCUGGUUUUCUGCUAUUUGGAGGAACAAGGCUUUUUUUCCUUUGUUUUCACUUCAACCCAGAGCAGUAAAAGAGCACUUGAAAUGUAAAACUCUGGUACAGACUUGGGGAUUCUUUGUGCGGUCAAUAGACUUCUGACACUUCCAGAAUGAGUAAUUCUAGUGUUGCAAUCUUAAGGAAUAAACUUC